AUGCAGUCGUUCAUACUGUCGACGCUGCUUGCGCUUCACUCGCUGACAGCAUCAGCUGCGCCUCACGGAUGCCCUACCGAGAAGCCUCCGGUUUGCAUCAUUGGUGCAGGUCCGGCCGGCUUGUCGGCAGCAGGCAGGCUCGAAGACAAGGACAUCAAAGCCGUCAUCUUCGACGAGCAAGCAGAGGUUGGCGGCAAAUGUCAGGCAUGGUACGACAACGAAGGCAUCUUCCACCCGCUUGGCGCAGCCUUCUUCUCCAACGAAAGCUACCCUGAAACGCUGAAGUUUCUCAAUGAGACCAAUGUCACGAGCGAGCCGUUUUUUCUCUCUGGCGCGCGCGAGUCAUAUCGCUACGACUAUGUUUCUGGCGCAAUUGACAUUACUCCGCCCACGCCUCUUACAUUUGCGUCAGCUCUUCGGUCAGAAAUUCCGCGAUACACCACUCUGUGGAAUGAGCGAUUUGCCCCAAUCAGUGCGGUCAACUACAAGCUUGGCGUACCUGACGAGUUCACCGUAUCCGGUACACAAUGGUUCCGCCAAAACAACUUCACCGCCCUUCCUAUAGUUCUUGUGAACCCUGUCGCGCUUUACGGAUACGGCGAUAUCAACAUCGUUCCAGCGCUUUACAUUCUCCAGUACUUCACCCCGGACAUUCUUACCGCCUUUAUCGGAGCCCAUGAGGUCUACUACAUGGACUUCCACAAAAUGUUCGUGGAAUGGACGAAGAGCCAGCUCUGCAAGACAGAAAUACACUCAUCCGCGCAAGUCUACGGCGUGGACCGUUCUGGGAAGAACGCCAUUGUGAAAUACACCAAGCCUGGUAACAAAACCUGCGAGCAAUCGUGCUCGUCUGUCAUCUUCGCAUUCCCACCGAACAUCGAUAACCUGAAGCGAGCUGGCGUCGACCUCGAUGAGUUGGAACACGACCUCUUUUCGUACGUCACCACGCACCAGUAUUCCUCGGCAGCAGUUGAGUUCGAUCUUCCUUUUGGAGUGUCUUAUAUUGCCAAUUCCACGUCUCGGACCGUACCGCCACCCAACGAUGGCCAGGCCAUGGCGGUGCUCCGUCUCGACGAGCGGUCCAACAUCUCGGUAGCCUGGUCCUGGGGUCCCUACGAGUACCAGUCCGAGGAAGACGCACGCCGCAUACUCAUCGAGAGCAUGUCCAAGAUCAACAAAGAUCCUCGCAAUGCCACGGAGUCACCCGAACCCGUGACUAAUGAGGAUGUGAAAGCGUUCAUGAAGUGGGAUUACAUGCCGCACUUCGACAGCCAACCGCUGCGCGAAGGCGCUUAUAACAUCCUGAACAUCCUUCAAGGCAACAAGAACAGCUAUUGGGCCAGUGGACUCAGCGGCAUGGAGAUUGUCGAGUGGGCCAUUCGCGGAGGACAGGAUGUCGUCGACUGCUACUUCUAAACGAGUGCCACUCGCACGACAAUCGUGUCUCGAUCUCCGCACGAUCUCACGAAUACACGUUUACGAAUUAAUUACCAGAGGACAGCUGACGGCCUCAAAAGUCAUGAGUAUGAAAAAUGGGGUGGAAGUAAUAUUUCGGUUCUGCGAUCUUUCUUUGAUAUCCUUCUCAGCGAUGAUACCUCUACCCUUCACUGGGCGUCAUGAUCACCACGAUUACAAACGAUUACGGUCAUGCUUAUGACAUUACUUAGACUUAAUGACCAAAUCUGUAUAGUUACGAAAGAAC